AUGGUCGGCGUCGUCGCCUACCCUAAGUCCAACCGGAAGGCCUGCAAGAGCUUUGACGACUUCGACAUCUCCUACAAGGCCAAGUCCGGGUCCUUGCCCACCUUCUUGCUAGUCGACCGGGGAGAUUGCUUCUUCACAAAGAAGGCAUGGAAUGCUCAGAACGCGGGAGUGGCGGCUAUUCUGGUUGCUGAUGACAAGGACGAGCCUCUAAUUACAAUGGAUACACCUGAAGAGAGCGGAAGGGCUGAUUAUUUAGAGAACAUCACCAUACCAUCAGCGCUGAUAACAAAGAGCUUUGGGGACAGACUCAGGAAAGCAGUCGAUGGCGGUCACAUGGUUAAUGUGAAUUUAGAUUGGAGGGAGUCCCUGCCUCACCCUGAUGAGCGUGUUGAAUACGAGUUCUGGACCAACAGUAACGAUGAAUGUGGUCCCAAAUGCGACAGCCAGAUUGAUUUCGUUAAGAGCUUUAAAGGACCAGCACAGAUACUUGAGAAAAAGGGAUACACACAGUUUACUCCUCAUUACAUUACCUGGUAUUGCCCGGAGGCCUUCACACUAAGCAAGCAGUGCAAAUCCCAGUGUAUCAACCAUGGAAGGUACUGUGCACCUGACCCGGAACAGGAUUUCAGCAAAGGGUAUGACGGGAAAGACGUGGUGGUUCAAAAUUUGCGUCAAGUAUGUGUUUAUAAAGUUGCGAAGGAGAAUAAGAAACCUUGGUUAUGGUGGGACUACGUGACCGAUUUUGCAAUCCGCUGCCCAAUGAAGGAAAAGAAGUAUACCAAGGAAUGUGCUGAUGGAGUUAUCAAGUCACUUGGACUUGAUCACAAAGCAAUAGAUAAGUGUAUUGGUGAUCCAAAUGCUGAUGAAGAAAAUCAUGUGCUGAAAGCUGAACAGGAUGCUCAGAUUGGCAAAGGUGCUCGUGGUGAUGUCACUAUCUUACCAACACUGGUCAUUAAUAAUAGACAAUACAGAGGGAAACUUGACAAAGGGGCAGUUCUUAAAGCACUUUGUGCAGGUUUCCAGGAAACCACUGAGCCUGCCGUCUGCUUGAGUGAAGAUAUACAAACCAACGAGUGCUUGGAGAAUAAUGGUGGCUGUUGGCACGAUAAGGCUGCUAACAUAUCUGCAUGCAAGGAUACUUUCCGUGGUAGAGUUUGCGAAUGCCCGGUUGUGAAAGGUGUAAAAUUUGUUGGUGAUGGCUACACCCAUUGUGAAGGAUCUGGUCGCUGUGAGAUUAACAAUGGUGGAUGUUGGAAAGAGACCAGGAAUGGCCUGACACACUCUGCCUGCACUGAUGGUGGCUGUAAAUGUCCAGUUGGGUUCAAAGGUGACGGUGUCCACAAAUGUGAAGAUGUUGAUGAGUGCAAGGAAAGGACUGCAUGCCAGUGCAAGGAAUGCAAAUGCAAGAACACUUGGGGAAGCUACGAGUGCGGGUGCGGUGGUGGCUUGCUGUACAUGAAGGAGCAUGAUACGUGCAUAAAUUAUCUAUUAAAAGCUUACAAAGUCAACACAUUUUAUUCAGGCAAGGAUGCAGGAGCACGGGUAGGCUGGAAUUUCCUAUGGUUUCUAUUGUUUGGCCUAGCGGCAGUAGGAAUCGCAGGAUACGCGGUGUACAAGUACAGGAUCCGGAGCUACAUGGAUUCAGAGAUCCGCGCUAUCAUGGCGCAGUACAUGCCCCUGGACAACCAAGGAGAGAUCCCCAACCAUUCUCACCAUAUUGAGAUAUGGGGUGUUGUAUCUUCUAAACCUUACCCUGUCCUUGCAUUGCCUUCUGUACGAAAAAACAAAAAGGCAAUGGUCGAUGUUGUAUCUUCUACACCUUACCCUGUCCCUGCAAAAUGCUUGUCUGUCCCUGCCUUCUAUACGAAGAAACAAAAAGGCAAUAGUAGAUGCAGAAAGAUGCUAGCAAUGGGAUCGGAGCAGGAGAAGAAGGCCGCCGCCACGGUGGAAGUGGAAGGCAUCCCGUUCCCGCGGGAAAUCGCCGGCGCCAAGGCGCUCUCGCUCGUCGGCCAUGGCAAGCACCAGAAUCCUGGACUGACGAAACCGAUACGAAUGCAUCUUUUUUUAUUUUUGACGAAAAUCAAGUUCAACGCCGUCGGGGUCUACCUCGACGUCGACGGCGCCAUGGAGCAUCUGCAGGGCUGGAAGGGGAAGAGCCAGCUGAUGGAGGACGAGGCUUUCUUCGACGCCCUGGUCUCCGCUCCGGUGGAGAAGGUGCUGAGGGUGGUGGUGAUCAAGGAGAUCAAGGGGUCGCAGUACGGCGUGCAGCUCGAGAGCUCCGUCAGGGACCGCCUCGUGGCGGCGGACAAAUACGAGGACGACGAGGAGGAGGCGCUCGAGAAGGUCUCCGACUUCUUCCAGUCCAAGUACUUCAGGCCCGGCUCCGUCGUCACCUUCCACUUCCCGGCCACGCCCACCGCCGCGCCAGAGAUAACGUUCGUGACAGAAGGCAAGGAGGAGGCCAAGGUGGCGGUGGAGAACGCGGCCGUGGCGGAGAUGAUCCAGAGGUGGUACCUCGGCGGCGAGUCGGCGGUGUCGCAGACCACCGUCAGGAGCAUCGCUGAUAGUUUCGCGGCAAUGCUCUCCUCACCAUGA